GUGUAGUUACCCAGCAGCAAUGGUGUUUUGUUAAUGCAGCACACCAGACGGCAUUUGUAUGGUUCGCUCGGUUAAAAACGUUUGAUUACAACUGUUCAGCGGCGUGUGAACAACGGAGAGCUAUGCUUUUAUUGUAUGCACUUAUUUAACUACAAUAGCUAGCUAGUAAUUUUUUGGGGUAUUUAUUUAUUUUUAUUAUCAAACUGAAAAGGUUUCCCCGUGGAAUGAGCGUUCCAUGCAGCAUCCUAGGUAUGAAUGACGUGGCCUGGCAGGAGACACGAGGCGGGAUGCUGCACACAAACGGUGCUCCUGAAGCCGGGGGCGUCAGAGUUCACGGAGGGGGAUCCCUGGCCGCCAUAGGGGUUGCAGGUCAGGGUCCCGGAGGGCCACACCGUCUGCAGGGACCCAACCCCAUCCCAGGCACCCCACAGCCUCCACUAAGUGGGCGCUCUCAGGAUGAUGCUACAGUGGGCUACUUCUUCCAGAGGCAGCCUGGGGAGCAGCUGGGAGGUUGCACCUCCAGCAAGCACCGUUGGCCCACUGGAGACGGCAACCACGUUGACCAGGUUCGAACUGUCGAUGAGAUGAACUAUGGUUUUCAAGCCCUUGCUUUGGAGUCCAGGGGCAUGGGUGAGCUCCUGCCAGCAAAAAAACUGUGGGAUUCGGAUGACUUGUCCAAGGAUGGAAGGAAAGGGAUGCUCCUUGGAGAGGAAUGGAGGGAGAACGCUUGGGGAUCUUCUCAUCACUCGGUGUCCCAACCAAUCAUGGUGCAGCGACGACCCGGACAGGGUUUCCAUGGGAACGGCGACGCCACCUCCGUGCUGUCCCCUCGCUCCGAGGGCGGAGGCCUGGGCGUGAGCAUGGUGGAGUACGUCCUGAGCUCCUCCCCCGGGGACAAGAUGGAUGGCCGCUACAGGAACGGUGGCUACGGCGGCGGGGACGCUGACCCGGACGGGAGGGAGAAAGGUAACGCCCAAGACCAGACGUCCCCGUUUGAAGAGGACAAGAGCCCAGAAAUGAAAGUGGGAGAGGAGAGUGACACGGCCAAGGCCAAUGGGAGAGGCCUGCUCAAUGGCAUGGACAGAGACUGCAAAGACUUCAACCCCACCCCAGGAAGUCGCCAGGCCUCCCCCACCGAGGCGGUGGAGAGGAUGGGCCCCGGCCAGGCCGGGCUGGAGAUGAUGGUCCAGCACCAGCAUCAGCAGCACCAACACCACCUCCAGCACCAGACCAUGCAGCCCCAGAGCAAGCCCCAGCAGCAGGAGGACUUCCAGAAUCAGGAGGCCCAGAACAUGGGCAACAUGGAGCAGCAGCAGGGUGUGGAGUCACUCCAGUUCGACUACGCCGGCAACCAGAUCCAGGUAGACUCCUCCGGCACCCCCGUCGGCCUGUUUGACUACAACUCCCAGCAGCAGUUGUUCCAGAGGUCCAACCAUCUGACUGUCCAGCAGCUCACUGCGGCCCAGCAGCAACAGUAUGCCCUGGCUGCUGCCCAGCAACAACACCUUGCCGGCCUUGCUCCCGCGUUCGUGCCAAACCCAUACAUCAUCAACACUGGACCCCCCGGAACCGACCCCUACACCGCUGCUGGACUGGCCGCAGCAGCUACACUUGCCGGGCCUACAGUGGUUCCUCCCCAGUACUAUGGUGUUCCUUGGGGCGUGUACCCUGCCAACCUCUUCCAGCAACAGGCUGCCAGUCACAACGCUAACCAGCAGGGAUCCAAUCAGGGACCGGGGCCAGGACAGCAACAGGUGAUGCGCCCCGGGAACAACCAGCGCCCUCUCACCCCUGGUCAGGGCCAGCAGAGCCAGCAGGAGUCCCUGGCAGCAGCUGCCGCCGCCAACCCUGCCCUCGCCUACGCUGGUAUGCCAGGUUACCAGAUGCUGGCCCCCGCCGCUUACUACGACCAGAACGGAACCCUGGUGAUGGCCCCUGGGGCCCGCGGUGGUCUGGGAGGGCCCGUCCGCCUGGUCCAAACCCCGCUCCUCAUCAACCCACAGGCCGCAGCGCAGGCUGCGGCUGCGGCGUCAGCGUCCGGCUCGGGCAACAACAUGUCAGGCCCCCAGCCCAACGGCCUGUACCGCUCCAUGUCCCAACCCCAGCAGCAGCCCCAGCAGCAGCAGAACCAGGGCCUACCCUCCAGCUCCUUCUACGGCUCUGGGUCGGUGCCGGCCAGCUCCCAGAGCAGCUCCCUGUUCUCCCACACCUCCCAGGCUCCACCGCCCACCUCGUCUCUAGGGUUCAGCGGUGCCGGCGGCUCCCUGGGAGUGGGGCUGGGCUCGGCGCUCGGAGGCUUCGGCUCCUCAGUGUCGAGCUCCACCAGCAGCAGUGUCUCUCGCCGGGACUCCCUGCUGGCCAACUCGGACCUGUACAAGCGUGGAGGUGGUAGCAGCCUCACCCCCAUUGGUCAGCCCUUCUACAACAGCCUGGGCUACUCCUCGCCCAGUCCCAUUGGCCUAACACCGGGCCACUCCCCCCUCACACCCCCACCCUCUCUGCCCUCCUCUCACGGCUCCUCCUCCAGCCUUCACCUGGGCGGCCUGACGAACGGUAGCGGGCGCUAUAUCUCGGCGGCACCCGGCGCUGAGGCCAAGUACCGCAGUGCGGGGGGCACCUCCAGCCUGUUCAGCUCCAGCAGCCAGCUGUUCCCGCCGUCUCGGCCCCGCUACAGCCGCUCAGACGUCAUGCCCAGCGGGCGCAGUCGCCUGCUGGAGGACUUCCGCAACAACCGCUUCCCCAACCUGCAGCUGCGUGACCUGCCCGGCCACAUGGUGGAGUUCUCCCAGGACCAGCACGGCUCCAGGUUCAUCCAGCAGAAGCUGGAGAGGGCCACCCCAGCAGAGAGACAGAUGGUGUUUGGGGAGAUCCUGCAAGCAGCCUAUCAGCUGAUGACUGACGUGUUUGGCAACUACGUCAUCCAGAAGUUCUUUGAGUUUGGCAGUGCGGAUCAGAAGCUGGCUCUGGCCACGCGUAUCCGCGGCCACGUGCUGCCCCUGGCCCUGCAGAUGUAUGGCUGCCGGGUCAUCCAGAAGGCCCUGGAGUCUAUCUCCUCUGACCAGCAGGUAAUUAGUGACAUCGUACGAGAACUGGACGGCCACGUGCUGAAGUGUGUGAAGGAUCAGAACGGGAACCAUGUGGUGCAGAAGUGUAUCGAGUGUGUCCAGCCCCAGGCCCUGCAGUUCAUCAUCGACGCCUUCCAGGGCCAGGUGUUUGUGCUGUCCACCCACCCUUACGGCUGCAGGGUGAUUCAGAGGAUCCUGGAGCACUGCACCCAGGAGCAGACCCUGCCCAUCCUGGAGGAGCUGCACCAGCACUCUGAGCAGCUCGGCCAGAAAUAUCAAGGCGUUUCAUUGGAGAUGACACCCAAAACAUAUUAUACAGUGUCCAGCGACGCACUGUUUAAGGAUCAGUACGGCAACUACGUCAUCCAGCACGUCCUGGAGCACGGAAGACCUGAAGAUAAGAGCAAAAUUGUGGCAGAGGUCCGCGGAAAAGUGCUCCUCCUGAGCCAGCACAAAUUUGCAAGUAACGUGGUGGAGAAGUGCGUGAUCCACUCGUCCCGUGCCGAGCGGGCCCUGCUGAUUGACGAGGUGUGCUGCCAGAAGGACGGCCCCCACAGCGCCCUGUACACCAUGAUGAAGGACCAGUAUGCCAACUACGUGGUGCAGCGGAUGAUUGACAUGGCCGAGCCCGCCCAGCGCAAGAUCAUCAUGCACAAGAUCCGGCCCCACAUCGCCACCCUGCGCAAGUACACCUACGGCAAGCACAUCCUGGCCAAGCUAGAGAAAUACUACAUGAAGAGUAGCACUGACCUGGGGCCAAUCGGAGGGCCCACCAACGGCCUCAUGUAGUCCUGCCUUCUGUGUCCACUGACUAAAGACCAGAGUAGGAGCUGCCCCCCUCACCUUAUUUCUAGUUAUGUAAAGAGGUGCUCCUGAGCCAUCAGGGCUGACCUUUGACACCCUCUGAUGAAUUACCAAAAAGAUUUAAACGUCACCUGUGAAAUGCUGUGACAUCUGACCCUGCCACUCUAAUGCUACCCUCAGCGCUUGUUCCCUACAUGGCCACCAUGGAGGGUAGCAGACAGUUUUGCAGGCAACCUCUUGGGUAAAGCACAGCCCCCCCCCCCCCCCCCCCCACAAUUUGUUUAUGAUGUAACUGACUGGUUUUUCUUAUAUAAUCCUGUACAUUUAGUUUUUUUACCUUGUAAAUUCUCUGUAGAAAAAAAAAAAGAAACGCAUUUGCUGAUAAUGUACAAUUCUUACAAUUACACCAGCAAGUGACUUAUAAGGCCGAACUUGAGUGAUCCUUUUAAACAAUUUUUCAUUUGUUUUUGUACCCAGACUUACUACUACUAUCAGCUGUUAUAAUUAAAAGCCAGGUGUUUAAAUAUAUAUAUAUAUAUAUAUAAUUAUCUUUCUACUACCACAAAACGAUCCCAAUGCCAAAGCAGCUGAUGGAUCCAUUUCUACUUCUUGCACUGCAUAGUAUGGAUAGAUUAUGAAACCCAUCUGUCCCACUGACGAUUACUAUGUCUCUCGUGCCAAUGAGUUAGUCAUCCACUGGUCUCUACUUGAACACCUACAAUGCUUUGUGCUUCAUUUUUAGUGGAGUUUCAUCCACUUGCCGGCUUGUGAUCGCCUCGAUAUCAUAUUUUUUUUGCCUCUGUUUUUCCACAGACUGGCCUACUCGCUCUCACACGGUUUGCUUGAUUUGACUAGUCGGCUCCGGGCGACGAAUGGCAUGGUUAUUCAACAGUGCACAUAUGCUGUUGCAUCCGUAAGCAGUGAUUCCACUAAAUCCCACCUAUAUGGUCUUACUUUUUAUUUUAUUUUUUCCCCUCGCAGAUCACUCAAUGGCUGCUUGGGGGCUUACGGCAGACACGGGUAGCGUGGACGUUUAUUCUCUUUCAGAAGCAGAGCACAAGGUUGGGUUGUAUAGUGGAAGUUAAACUUGGUUGUAAUCUUUACAUUAAAUGACCGUAGCGGGGCGUGUGUGUGAGGGGGGGGGGGUAAGCAUAGGCAUGCUGUAACAGGUUUUUAAUAACUUGACUGAUUUCUUUAUCAUGUUUUGUGGAACAUCUAUCUGUCUUGUAGUUUUGAGAUGAACACUGCCCUAGAAGCGGUAUCUUUAUGUACUGAAUAUUCAUCUCUUGCGUAGAAAUAGUUUAGCAAAAAUGUAUAGCAUCUUUGUGUAUGAGUAAAUAUUAAAUGGUUGCUUUUUUGGCUAGGGGGCUUGGGGUAAGUUUUUAUUUAAUAUUUUUUUUGAAGUGGCUCAUCCCAAGUAUGUAAAGUGGAGGGUAGAAUUGGGAAUGAAAUUAGGAAAAAUAACAGGAUGGUUUUAUGCGAGACCGACCGUCAUGAGGUUGUUUUAAUUUAGUUAUUCCUAUAAAAAUAAAAAAAUCUGGUUUGAAUAUUCAAGUGAAUUAGGUGGGGAGAGUAGUGGGGCCAUCUAAAAAGCUAUACAACUCCUCUGUGACGCUAGUAGUAAUGGCUUUUGCUUCAUAUGAAUAAUUGUAGUAUAUGUGCAGUUGAUAAGUGUGUAAGUUUAAUUGACAAAAGUCUAGUUGUGGUGUUUUGACAGGCCUUGAUAAAUUGGUAGUGAUGCUUUUUUAUUUCGUCUGUACAGUUGUACAUUUGUAAACGUUGAUGCUGUAAAUGGAUGUCUUUUACACUUUGGGGGAAAAAUUGCCUAAAUGUGCAUUUUGAUGUAUGUGUGUGUAUAUUCAUCACUCCUUUCCCCUCAAAUAUAAUGUAUACAGUUUUAUUUGAUCAAGCGUUAUUUUAAAACAAUCUUUUUAUGGCUUCUCGAUCUGACAUGGUUUUGUUUUAAAUCUGUUAUGAGAAAGGUCGGCCUCGUUUUGUAUGCGGAGCUUUAUAACGUCUCCUGUUUAUAUUGUCUUUCUGACGUGUGACAGUUUUAAAGGAACACCAAUGCUCUGUACCUAAAAUGAGGCUGCUUCUGGUCCCCUCUGCUGCCAUGGAAACUUCACAGGAUAUGACAGAAUUAUUUUUGUACAGAAGAGUGCUGUAUUUUGGAACAGCUACUACCUUGUAAGCAAAAGAAAUGUAAGAUAUUGUCAAUUAUAUAAAUAUGAACAUAUGAGUUUUGUCACACUGUCAAAGUCUUGUACAUUUUCAGGUGGCCUUAUGUACAUUUCCAGACGUUUAGAUGAAGAAAAAAAGACUCAUUUUUUGGAAGCAGAAUUGUGACUAUGAUUAAACCGUUCUAACAUUUGA